AUGUCCGCUCAGAACUCCGCAGGCAUUCAGACCCUCCUCGAUGCCGAGAGAGAGGCUCAGAAGAUUGUUCAACAAGUUCUAGACCGUACGAAGCGCAUAAGGGAUGCGAAGUCAGAGGCACAGAAGGAGAUCGAGGAGUACAGAAAUCAGAAGGAACAAGAGUUCAAGAAAUUCGAGGCUGAGCACUCGAGCGGAUAUAAGAAGGCCGAAGAGGAUGCAAACAAGGAGGCAGAAGUGAAGCUGCAGGAAAUUAAGGAUGCUGGAAACAGCAAGGGCGCUAAGGUUGUCGAAGACCUUAUCAGUGCGCUGACCGAUGUGAAGCCUGAGGCUUCCGAAAAGAUCCUCAGCCAGGCAUAG